ACACACACACACACACACACACACACACACACACACACACACACAGACACGCUCUGUGCCACACACAUGCUCUGCCACACACACACACACACACGCAUAUGUGCGCUCUGCUUUGUAAACCUGCUCAGAGAGAAUAAAAGAAAGGAAAAGACAGACACAACAUCAUGGCCAUGUUUAAGUUUCCCACUGGGACAUUUCUGUUCAUCCUUAUCCUCAGUGCCUUCAUCAUGGACACAGAAACUGCACGAUGCUGCUUUUCCUACACUCGGAGGCCUGUACGCUGCGGCCGGCUGCAAGGCUACUACAUCCAGGAAAUCAACAGAAGCUGCGACAUCAGAGCUAUAAUUUUUCAGACCAAGGAUGGGCGAUUCAUCUGCGCUGAUCCCAAAAUGGAAUGGACUCAAGAGAGGAUCAUGUGCCUGUGGGAAAAGGCUGGAAUGGUGGAAUGAUGGAUGGCUGAAGUGAGGAUGACAUUUCGUCCGGGAAAAUAAUUCACAUAUUAAUCUUUAUCAUUAGCAUGCGAUUUUUGACGGCAUCCUACAGUAUAUUCCUUCUGUAAUGAAAUUCUAAGGUUUUCAGCUUAAACAUAUUUAACUUUGCCGAACUCUUUCCUACAUUAGUCACAAUGCCGUGCUGAUCGAGGUGCAGCGGCCCUCGCUUCAUCUCUGCGUAAAGUUAUUCGAAGUGUUGAUGUUGAUGGAAUUUCAACUGAAACAGCCAGUCAGGGCAGGACAUAUCGAAUAGCUCCUCCCCCUUUUUAAAUAGCCAAUCGCUCAACAAGUGCAACUCGGGCAAGGGGAUGUUUAUAAUGUUGGGGGGCGGGACACUAGAGAUUCUAGAGAGCGUUUGAUUGGACAGAAAAUCUGAUGAGAAGCUGAAGUGCAGAAUGAUGUCAUCAGAAUUGUUGAUCCGCAUCGGUGGUAGAGAGAGACUGUACGUUUUGACUGCGUAUCUCUUCUAAACGUUAGAGAGAACCUUAAGGCCGACAUAUUCAUACUAAAAUCCACAAAACUUCCAUUUUUGAAUUCAUGGCAUCGCUGAUGAAAUAUUUCACUCCAAACACAUUUUAUGUGCUCAGGUGUUUUUCUAUUAAAGGGCAUUUUGUACACUUUUUUGUCUGAAAAUCAAGAGUGUCCCAGGAGCUGACCUGUAGUCCACCUGAAAGUAGGAUCCCAAACAACACAUGCUAAUUUGCAUGUUGAAGGGAAAAACUGUGCACGUGAAAAGAAAGGGUGUUGCAGGUGAUCUACAACUAGCGCUGCCACACAUCUCUUAUAAUAUGUCCUGUAUCUUACCUUUAUAUACUGUUAUGAUUAUCUGUUUAAAUGAUUUCCUGAAUAUCAUUAACAGAAAAAGAAAAAAAUUGCCAUAAUUAGUCUAACUCAAAAGAGGGAUACUAGCAAGAUGGCUAGCAUCUAGCUAACAAUUCCAGAGGUGGCUCGAUGGUUAAAGCUCUCAAUUACUGAUCAGUAGGUUGGGAUUCAAACCCCAGCACCACCACACUGCCAUUGUUGGGACCUUGAGCAAGAGCUUUAACCCUCUCUGCUCCAUCCAUGACAAAAUAAAGGUAUUUUAAAACUCCUGUAUUGUGUAAACCAGUAGCCAGGUUUGUUAACAAGUUAGUAUUAUAUUAGUCUAUAGGCUAUAACUAGAUCUAACCAGUUCAUAACUAAUUAACCUAAUCAUGCUGAUGAUAUCUCAUCCAUUUUCAGACAGUUUGGACUAUUACUCUAGAUUUUUUUUAGAAUUAUUUUAAAAUUCAAAAAACAUGAUAGUUUACAUUCUUUAAAAAUGACAAUUUUAUCAGUCAAUUCUCUUUUCCUUUAGAAAAACAGGGUCAGGCUAUCCUUUUUUUAAAUUUAAUAAUCUAAUCAUUUGUUUUUGCAUAUUUAAGGUGUUAAACCUUCUAUAUAAAACAAUCUAUAAAGAAAGCUGUGGUAAAAAAAAAAAAAGCAGAAAAAACACUAUGUAAAUAUCUUAACAGUCGCACAAUACUUUUAUUUUAAAAUAAACAACUUUCUAAUGUCACCCUGCUAUCACAAAUUAGCUUAUGACUUGAGAUGAUGGUGAAAAUGGUGAAAAGGGUUUUUUAUUUUUUAUUUUUAUAAAUUUACAUAUAUACUAAUAUAUACUUGAAUAUACUAAUCUAAAUGUAUAGAAGAAAAAGGAAGAUAGAUAAUAUACAAUAACUAAAACACAUUGCACCAUUUUUAGCAGAUGUGAGCAGAUUUAUUGUGCUUUAUUAAAUAAAACUGCCUAAAUAAAUCCUAUAAAGCAAUUUUAGUCAUCUUACAUUUAUAUUUAUUCAUUUAGCAGACGCUUUUAUCCAAAGCGACUUACAAAUGAGAAACUACAAGCAAGGAAACCUUAAUCAUGCAAUUAGCAAAUUCCUUUUUUCUGACUGUGAUUGGAUAACGAAGGCCUGAAGAAAAUUCAGUAAAUACAGCAGGGGGAAUGAGGAAUGAGGAAACCAGAUUAAGGGAUCAAAGGGUCCUCAUUAAAGAGAUGAGUGGAUCUGAUUGCAUAUUCUCACAUCUAGACACUUUGAAGUUGACAUGCAAGGACAUUUCCCUUUUAAUGUUUUAAUGUUAGCUCAAUCUGGCGUCAUAAUAUCUGUCUUAUUUUAGAUCUCUUUGAUGUAUGAAGAGACAGAAAUGGACGCAGGUGCAGGUAAACAACAGCUUUAUUAGAGACACUGGCAGACAAUUCCAAAACAUUACACAAGAUGGUGGUAAAUAAACAGGCAGAGGUCAGGCAAAGGGUAAAAAGUGUAAACUAGGCAAGGCUACGACCAGGAAGACGAAAACAGCUUGGUAACAACUGGAGAGAAUCACAGCACGUUAGAAAGACACUAACCGCUGAUCAGAGCAGUAUUCCACAAGGAAUUCUCACAUGGAAAGAAGCUUUUCCUCAAUUAUCCCUUAAAAAAAUUACCCCUGGAAAACCUUGAAUAAAUAUUUAAUAAUUAAUAAGAUGUAAGAAGCCCAUUCCAGGACACUUCACAAGUCUUGCAGUUCUCAUCUGCCAUCAUACACCUUUUCUUUGUUGUUGAAGACUUCUGAAUUUGAUUUUUCCAAGCUUUACAUAAAUGACUUCUUAUCGAUGAGUUCCUUCUAGUAUAUGCUGUAUAUUACAGGUCUUUGACGCUGAUAUGAUUCCAUUAGGCUUCUAGUAGUGUUUCAGAACAUUUAAUUUAGGCCACACAAAGUAAGACUAACCUCCUCCAAAUCUAAUCUUACAUCAUUUACAGUAGACUUAAAGCUGUUUUAUGAAUCCUUGCAUAACAUCAGAUACAACAAGAAAGUUGAAAAGACAUCCCAUCUCCUUGACUGGACCAUCGGGAAAUUGGAAUGAUGUGAAAAUUAAGCUAUUUUAAUUGAUUUAUUUGUUUAUUCUUUGACCACUUAUAUACUUCUGGUAGCUAAAUUCAUGUAUUACAAUUCAAAGAUUCAA